AUGAAGGGUCCAAUACCCGAUCCAGAUACAUUAGGCGAUGGAUUUUCGAAUAAACCAGAAUUACCAACUUCAACCAAAAUUGUCAAUGAACCUCAAAUUUCGGAGAAAUCCUCACUACCUUCAAAAACAAAUGAAAACAAUAUAUUGGAUAUUUUCGCACCUUCAUCUAUAUCCAACGUUCCAUCAAAUAAUCCUUCAUCAGCAUCGCAGCUUAAAGGGGCAGACCUAUUUGCGAUAGGUCAACCACCUCUUACAAGCAAUGUACCUUCUAAUCCCCUUCAGGGAAAUUCUAAUCCCCAAACAACUCCACCUUCUACAUCUAACCAUGACACUUUGAAGUCAUCUAUUUUAUCAUUAUAUAACAGUCCAAAUUUGAAACCAAACACGUUGUCCCAACCUUUUUUAGGAAAUUAUAGUUCACCCAAUCUUCCAUUGAGUAACGCAAAUAAUUCUACUCCACCACAGAAUGCUAACAAAAACGGGAAUGCUUACAUGAAUGAUCUGCUGGGGGGCUUCAUGUAA